AUGCAGGAAAAUGUGGAGACCUGGGCUCUGGCAGUGGAAUUUAGCGCUGUGUUAUAUGAUGAAGAAGUGGAUCUCAUGGGUAUUUUGCAAGCUCAAAAUGAACAAUUAGCAGAGAAGCGAAAGGUGGCAAAGGGUUUGAGGGGUGAUGGAAAAUUGAGCAUGGUGAAAUCGUUGAAGAAAAAAUAUAAUUUGAACAUGGUGGGUUUGCUUGAAACAAAAAGGGAGGAAAUAUCUGUAUUUGAUGUUGCAAGGAUUUGGGGUAGUAGCUCUAUAGGUUGGGAGUAUGUGGAGUCUGUGGGGGCGAUCGGGGGACUAUUGUUGAUAUGGGAUGACAUAAUGUUUCAGAGAACUAAUUGCUAUAAAGGUGAAAGGUGGCUGUGCGUUGAAGGUGUGUUAACGAAGAAUAAUUUUCAAUGUGCUUAUUGCUUGGUAUACGAGACGCAUGGGAGGGAGGAGAAGAAGGUAGUGUGGGAAGAGUUGAGCUAUAUUGCGGGCUUGUGCCAGGUCCCUUUCUGUUUUUUGGGGGACUUAAAUGACAUUUUGCAAGUCGAUGAUCGCAAAGGGUUGACGAGUUUAUCGGCUUCAGCAGAAGAGUUCAAGGGGUGGGUCCACGACAUACAACUGUUGGAUCUACCGUUGACUGAUAGGAAGUUCACAUGGUUCAGGGGUCGAUCCUGCAGUUGGAUUGAUAGAGUGUUAGUGAAUAUUGAAUGGGUGGAGAAGUAUCCUGACAUCCGGCUAAGAGGGGGUCCUAGGGGCUUGUCAGAUCACUACCCGUUGAUUUUGGAGGAGUCACAGCUGAAAGCUUUGACGGUACCGCUGCGACAAUGGCACAACGAUCACUUUCGUGGCAUGGAAAACAGAAUAAUGAAAUUUGAGGAGGAGAUACAUAGGCUAGACAAUCAGGUGAGUGAUGGGAUUUAUGAUGGUACGACGGAGGCUAGAAGGAAGGCUUUGGUGAGCUUUUGUGAAAAGUGGUACAUCAGGAAGGAAAUCCACUAG